CCUGUCAAGCUGUAUUUACCUUGGCUACACGCAUAUCGCAUCAACUCGCAAGAAGCUUGGCCGUACAACAAUGUUCGACAACGAAAAUUUUCACGUUUUUCGCGAUGAAAAUGCCGUCAAAGAAAAGGAAAAGGUCAGCCGCACCAAUCUGCCGCGCAAGGCGAAGAAUUUCAGUAAGGCCCAACUUCAGCUAGCCCUGCGGAAGAAGAAGGAGUGCAACGUCAAGGCCCAACAGGUUGUUGAGGCCCUGCUGGAACCGGUUACGGACGUGGACAGAUUUCUACUAAUGUUGCGGGACAUCAACCAGUGCCACUUUGAGGAUAUCAUCCAGGAACGGGCUAUUUCACUGAACUGCGGAUAUCCGCUGUGCCCGAAGCAGCUCGAUAAAAUCCCCUCCCAAAAGUACGUGAUAUCGCUGGCCAGCAAGAAGGUGUUCGACAUCACGGAGCGAAAGAACUUUUGCAGCGGCCAAUGCUACAAAGCGUCCAACUACAUCAAGAACCAGAUGCUCACCAGUCCGCUGUGGUUGCGCGACCAGGAGGACAUUCCCGAGUUCCGGCUGCUCAGCUCUCAGUCAGAAGCGAAAAAGCCUUCGACCUCCAAACCGCCUCCAACUACUGGCGGAAUGGUGGUGGACCUGGCCGGCAUCAACACGGAUGAUUUGAAGAUUGUGGAGCGGACGUACCCGAAGGAGGAAGGAUGCGCCAUUCGGGAGGGUAGCGAGGUAGUGUUUAAGCAGGAUACGGCGUCGUUGACGACGUCGGAUGGUAACAAGAAGGAAGAGGAGGCGCAGAGCGAGUUGGAGGUUGGGCUGAGCAAGUUGAGUGUGCGGAAUGAUUGAUAUUUAAUUUCUUGAAAAAUAUGUUUGUGAUUUAUUUAAUAAAGUUUUUUUUCGAAAUUUA